CAGGUUGAAACAUUUUCCCAAAACAGUUCUGCAAAAUGACAAGCCUGUUCCGCAGGAGCAGCAGCAAUGGCGGGUCCCGGGGUGGGGGGAACGCCUCGGCCCAGGAACUCAACAACAGCCGGCCCGCCCGGCAAGUCCGCCGCCUGGAGUUCAACCAGGCAAUGGAGGACUUCAAGACCAUGUUCCCCAACAUGGACUAUGACAUCAUCGAGUGUGUGCUGCGUGCCAAUAACGGCGCCGUCGAUGCCACCAUUGACCAGUUGCUGCAGAUGAAUCUGGAUGGGAGCAGCUAUGAUGAUAGCUCAGACUCAGACGACAGCAUCCCUCCUGAGAUUUUGGAACGGACUUUGGAACCAGAUAGCUCUGAUGAAGAGCCCCCACCAGUGUACUCACCUCCUGCCUAUCACAUGCACAUGUUUGACAGGCCUUAUCCCCUGGCUCCCCCUACCCCACCUCCCAGAAUAGAUGUGCCUAGUGCUGGGGUCCCCCCAACCCAGAGGCGCUAUCGAAACUGGAACCCUCCACUUCUGGGCAACCUUCCUGAUGACUUCCUUCGAAUUCUGCCCCAGCAACUGGACAGUUUGCAGGGGGAUAGUGGACCCCCCAAGCCAGGGCUUGCGGAGGUCAGCCAACCCCUGGCUGGAAACCUGGAAGAGGAAUGCCGCUGGAAGCAGUACCUGGAAGAUGAGCGGAUUGCCCUCUUCCUGCAGAAUGAAGAGUUCAUGAAGGAGCUGCAACGGAACCGUGACUUCCUCCUUGCCCUGGAGAGGGAUCGAUUGAAAUAUGAGUCUCAGAAAUCCAAAUCCAGCAGCAUGGCUGUCAGUAAUGACUUUGGUUUUCCAUCCACUGUCACAGGAACCAGUGAAGCCAACCCUGCUGUGUCUGAAGAUGCCUUAUUCAGGGACAAGCUGAAGCACAUGGGGAAAUCCACCCGGAGGAAGUUGUUUGAACUUGCCAGGGCCUUCUCUGAGAAGACCAAGAUGAGGAAGACAAAGCGAAAACAGUUAUUGAAGCACCAGUCGCUGGGAACGGCGGCAUCUACAGCUAAUCUCCUGGAUGACAUGGAAGGCCAUGCCUGUGAUGAAGACUUCCGGGCAAGGAAGCAAGAACCACUCAAGGAGGAGGAAGCACCCAGAGAAGGACAGUAAGAGGUGCUGGAGUUCACCAGAGAUGAAAUGCCCUAAUGGGGCAGCCAAAUAGUGAUGGCCUCUCCUUAGCUGCCCAAGCCUGCUGCAGUAAGACAGAGGGUGUGUGAGCAUCAAGGCACCAAGUUUCUCCCUCCAGAGCACGCUCUGCUCCUCCGAAGCCUUGCUCCCAGCCACCUUCUGUCCUUCCCGUCUUGUGCAGGGUUUUGGAACUUUGGUAUUGCCAUAUUGUGAUUGGAGUAAGCAUCUGGGGGCCCCCCCGCUAAGGGCAGCAGCCAAUCACAGUUUUCUCUUUUAGCUGUGUUGUUUUAGGGGCAAUGAGAGGAGGGGAACUUUCCCCUCCCUGGUUUUUUUUUUAAUGUCUCUUUGUAGCCUUUUUGGCUUCCUUUUCCUCCCUCUCAUCAUCCCUCUCCCUAAAGGAGCAGGUCCAAUCAAUGGGAGGGCUGGAAACAUAAAGCACAGACCCAAGUUUCUAUAUGGGCAAGAACAAAAUGGACCCUUUUCUUCCCUCAUUUAACCUCCCUCAUUUCUCAGACUAGUCUAGAAUCCACUGAAGGUUCUGAGAUAUUGGCUACUCCUUCCUGCCGCCCCCCCCCCUCAGCACCCUACUCCUUUCUUUUCCUGGGCCCCUGGCUGCUGUUUUUCAGGAUGAAACCCAUCUUCCAUCCUUGUCUCCUUCCCAGAACUCUCUCAGGCACAGGGAUGAAGAAACAGGAUCUGAUGGGAUACUCACACCCCGAUUGGGGUAGCAGAAAAGCACAGGCAUGUUGUAAUGAUCUGAUACAAAAGCCCUGGAGCCAACAAGUGGGAGUGAUGGGAGAAAACCUAUUGGACAGUAGUUUCCUGAGGAUCUUUCUUCAGGAGGGUUGCCACCUUCCAGAGAAAUGGUCCUGGGGGUAGCUCUAGAACUGGAAAGGACCUUAGAGAUCAUCUAAUCCAACCCAAUCAUUUUCCAGAUGAGGAAACUGAGGCCCAGAGAAGUUCAUGGAUUCAUCCAAGGUUACACGAGCCUUUUGGGGUGGGUGGGAAAGGUGGGAUUUGAACUCAGGUUCUAUAACUCCAAAUUCAGUAUUCUUCCCAUUAUGCCAUAAGCAAAAAUAUUGUUACUGGGAGAGCUAUCGGCUGUCACGUUGGAGAUGGGUAAUGGUGGUGGUAGGGGAUCCUCUGUAAUCGUCUGGAGUCAGGACAAGGGCAUGCUGGAGCAUUUGCUUCUUUUACUCCUGUUGGGAAAUAGAACAGGACAAGUUGUCCAUUGUGGAGUCAGUGGAGGCAUAGUGGCUCUGCUCUGAAUUGAUUACUCCUAAGUCUGGGAUCUCUUGCCAGCCUAGAUUGGUGUGGGAAAAGGGAAAGGAAGGGAGAGGUCCUCUAGGAGGGAAUCCUAGAGUCUGCUUGGCCGUGCUGGUGGCCGGGGGAAUGAAGGGGGGGUCCCUUUCCUCAGGAGAGCGCUGGCAUGGAACACCUCUAGGUGCUGAAGGAGAAGCUUGGUGCCCAUAAGCAGAAGAUGUUGAACAGUGAGACCUUCAGAGCUAGAGAGAACAGUGGGGAAACAGCUGUUUUUUAUGCAGGAUGCAGGGCGAGGGGUGGAGUUGCCCUGGGUAUCACCUGCUCAGCCUGAAAGCUGGCCUCGGAGCAGAAGUGCAGGCUGAGUCCUGUUUGGGGUGGGGAAGAAACCUGUUCUCAAGAGGAAGCUCUGCAGGGGGAGCCUGCCUCCCUACCCAGCUGCUCACUCACUCACUGGCCUAGGGAGUUCACUCUCUCUGUCUUUUCACACAGGGAUGGGGAGAAGCUGAUUUCAGGAAUCAGGAAGCUUGGAAAAGAGUUUUUUAGAGGAGGGGCUCCCAGGUUCACGAAAGCAUCAGAUCUCUCUACUGCCCAGUUUAGGGCCUGGACUUCUUAUUGUUAAUGGUGGGAUGGAAAGAGGAAGCUUAUAGCUGAUCUGAGGGAGCAUCUGUUAAAAUGAUGAAAUUAUUCUCAUAGUAUUCUUUUCCCUAGUUGAGAGGAGGGCGGGGCAGGGAGAGAGAGAAAUGAGAGAAAUGAGAAAGAGGAUAGAGAGAGAUGGGAAAAUGAGAGAA